GUCCUUCAGCAGCUUUUAAAUCACUUCAGAAAAAACAAGGAUAAAGUUCUUCUUUUCUCCUUUUCUACAAAGUUGCUAGAUGUGCUGGAACAAUACUGUAUGGCAUCUGGGCUAGAUUACAGAAGACUUGAUGGAAAUACAAAAUCAGAAGAGAGGAUCAGAAUUGUAAGAGAGUUCAACAGCAUUCAAGAAAUUAACAUAUGUCUUGUAUCUACAAUGGCUGGUGGCCUAGGUCUUAAUUUUGUUGGUGCCAAUGUUGUUAUACUGUUUGAUCCUACAUGGAACCCAGCAAAUGAUCUUCAAGCUAUUGACAGAGCUUACAGGAUUGGCCAAUACAAAGAUGUUAAAGUGUUUAGGUUGAUAUCUUUGGGAACUGUGGAGGAGAUGAUGUACUUGCGACAAGUUUAUAAACAGCAACUUCACUGUGCAGUGGUUGGAAGUGAAAAUGCCAAGCGGUAUUUCGAGGCAGUGCAAGGAUCAAAGGAACAUCAAGGAGAGCUUUUUGGGAUCCAUAACCUUUUCAAACUUAGGACGCAUGGGUCCUGUCUUACCAGAGACAUCCUGGAGAGGGAAGGGCGAGUAGAAGCAGGAGUCAUGACAGCAACUACAUGGCUAAAGGAAGAGACUCCUCCAUGCAGCUCAGAAAAGUAUGAACAACCAGACUGUAAAGAAGAUAGAGAUCCCGGAAGCAUUCAAGCACAAUUGAAGAGAGAAGAAAUGGAUUUUUGUGAUGACUUCAGUGAUGAUGAUAUUCUGGAAACUUCUGUGAAAAAACGUGACAGAAGAAAGCCUUGCAAUGCAAAUAAUUUAACGGUAACAAAGGGACAACUUUCCUUAAUGCAAUGUGGAUUCCCUAAGUUGUUGCAGAGAGAAAUUGAAACUACCGAAGAACAGUAUAAUAAUUGUAACUCUCAUCAUUCAAAUUCUAAUGAUCAGACUAUAAGAACAAAUGUAAAUAGCAAGCAUACUGAUUUUCAGAAAUGUCAAAGCCGUGUGCAUGUUCUGGAGCAUGGGAAAGCUGCUCAGUCACCAGAUGGAACUGAUAAACAAAAUAUGUGUAGUACAGACUGGCUUGUUUUAUCAGGCUCUGAGGAGGAAGGGGACAGAGAAAGUGAGGAUCAGUGCAUUUCAAAGCAAACUGAUGUAGUCGUUGAAACUGAAUGGAGUUCUGAGGAGAAUGAUGAUGUCAUCUUUCCUACCCAAGUUCCAGCAUAUCAGCAACCAAUGCUUACUAAAAAAGUUGAAAUUUACAGGUCAGCAUCUGAAAGUUGUGAAGAGUUAGCAAAAGAAGAUGGGUUGGUAUUUAAGGGAGACAGUAGGCAACUUGGAUUCCAUAGUAUUGAGUCAAAUUUCAGCAAAGUCAUGUCUUUUGAAGACAUCAAGAACAGCACAAGAGAUUUGAAAGGGGCAAGCGACAUAAGUGAUGAGUCUGAUGAUAUUGAAAUUUCCCAUAAUUCUGAAUCAAGAAAGUUAAGAACUUCCAGCUUUCCUAAAUGGAAAGAAAGACAUGCCAAUAACAAUGGACUAGGUAGCCUCUCCAAAUCUCUGCUACAAUCAAAGCAGGCCAGUAGAAAACAAAAGGAAAGUGAUUCUCAGAAUAUAGAUGAAUUCUCAUCCUCUGAAGAUAACUUACCGGUUGAGAAAAUUCAUGCCAGAAGGCAAAGCUAUAAGUGUAAAAGACAGAGAGGCAGAGUUCAGGUUGGGUCUAAAAUGCUUCAUCCUAUUCAAGAUAUCUCUGUUGUACAAAUGAAGUCUAGUAAUUAUUCUGUGUGUAGGACUUCAGCAAGUAAAACUGAAUUUGAACGUCAAGAGCAAAAAGUGGAAUCAAUGGACAGAUAUUUAGAUGGUGUUCAAGAAGUGGCAUAUAUUCAUUCAAAUCAGAAUGUGGUUGGAUCCAGCAAGGCUGAGAAUCGCUUGAGCCGGUGGGCAGUGCGAGACGUAUUUGAGUUGAAGCAGUUUUCCCAGCUCCCUGCUAACGUAGCAGUCUGUAGUGCCAAG